AUGGAAGGUUUGGCACGAGAUGAUAGCAUAAUUGAUAUUGCAGCUGUCGAAAAUGGUUUGAGAUCUUCCAUGAGAAAUGGUGAUACUGCUGCACUGCCUGUCGAGAGUAGCAAGGAAUCUUCUAUGGACAAUGUUGAUGUUGCAGCUGUCGAAACUGACUUGAGAUUUUGCAUGGACAACAUUGAGUCUGGGAACUCUCUUUUGUCAACCAAGUGUUGCAUCUUUGUGACCCCCAAAUUACUCUUCAGAAAUAACGAAAAAGCUUUUCUCCCCACAGCAUUCUCAUUCGGAACAUUGCACCAUGGCAAACCAGACUUGGCCGACACACAGAAAAUCAAACUGAAGUAUGCGCGAGACCUCAUCAGUCGAGUCUCUUCAUGGAAUGACACGAUUUUGAAUGACUUGGUCAAGGAGGUUGCAAGUCUUGAGGAAGAAGUUCGACAAAGUUACUCAGUACCUGUGAAGUUCAGUAAAGAUGAGUUUGUUAAAGUUUUGUUAGUCGAUGGUUGCUUUAUCAUUGAGCUCUUCCGUAAAAGUGGAGCUGACAUACCAAUAUUGCAAGAUGAUCCGAUACACGGUAGGGCUUGUAUGCUUGAGGUAGUAGGCUGUGACAUAUUUUUGUUGGAAAAUCAAAUACCUUGGGUGGUGCUCGAUCGUUUGUUUAGCAAGACCACUCUUCCUAAUGGGAAGCAAUCUCUGAUUGAAUUAGCUCUCAGUAGCUUUGAAUUCUUGGGGAUAGGAGCACUGGAAAUGGAAACAAGUUUGAUUCCAACUACUUUGGCCCAAAGCAAACAUAUACUUGAGUUGUUAAGAAAUCUGCUAGUUGGAUCGACUAUGCCUGAGGGUGGGGAGCUAGAUGCAACCUCAUGGGAACUAAUUCCCAGCGCCUCAAGUCUGAUAGAAGCUGGAGUGAAGUUCAAAAAGGGUAAUCCAUCUAAUGGCAUAUUGGAUAUCAAGUUCAGUGAUGGGGUACUUGAAAUACCGACUUUGGUUAUACAUGAGGCAACAGAAGCUUUAUUCAGAAAUUUAAUCAGCUUUGAACAGUGUUACCAUUGGUGUGAUUCUAGGAUCACUUCUUAUGCCAUGCUCCUAGAUAUACUCAUCAACACUCCGAAAGACAUGGAUAUACUAUGUAAAAAUGGUAUUAUUCAGAAUUGGUUGAAUCCAGAAGAGGCGACCGAGAUCUUCAACAACCUUUACAAUAAUACAAAUGUCGACACUUUCUACUAUCUCGAGCUUUGUCAGGAAGUGAACAAGUAUUGCAGACGUCGCUGGCCGAGAUGGAGAGCAACAUACGUGCGAAAUCAUUUCAGCAGUCCAUGGGCAAUUGCUUCCCAAGCAUUUGCAGCUGUCAUAUUUGUACUCGCCUUACUGCAAACAGUGUUUGGCAUCAAGAAGUAG